AUGGCACGCAACAUCUGCAUCACCUCCAUCGAAGGCCAAACCGGCUUCCUCAUCGCCGAGCUGCUCCUCACCGACGACCGAUUCCAGCCCCGCAUCGACAGCCUCACGGGCCUCGCCCUCGACCCGUCCUCCCCCAAAGCCAAGGAGCUGCAGGCGCUGGGCGCCGUCAUCGCGGCGCACACGCCGGGCCGCGCGCGCGACGUCGUCGCCACCCUCCAAAAGACCGCCUGCGACACCCUCUGCCUCGUGCCGCCCGCGCGCAGCGAUAAGUUGGACAUUGCGCUGGAGCUGGCCGAGGCGGCCAAGAAGGCGGGGGUGGCGAAUGUGUUGCUGAUCAGCGCGGCUGGGUGCGACUAUGCGGAGAGGGCGGCGCAGCCGAGGCUGCGGGAGUUUGUGGAUCUGGAGAGCGUGGUGUUGAGCGCGAAGGGGGAUCCGGAGAGUGCGUUGGGCAUUCGCCUUGUGGCGGGCUUCUACGCUGAGAACCUUCUUCUCUAUUCCGAACAGGCUCGCAACGAGGGUCUGUUGCCGCUUCCGAUCGGCGAGAACCACAAGUUUGCCCCCAUCGCACUGGGUGACGUCUCUCUUGUGGCCGCCCACGUUCUUACCGGAAAGGGCCCGCACGGUUUUGACGACCGGCAUCGUGGCCAGCUGAUGGUCCUCACGGGCCCCAUGCUUUGUUCCGGCAAGGAACUCGCCGAAUCGGCCAGCAAAGCCCUAGGUCAAACCAUGGAGUUUGACAAUAUCUCCGAACGGGAGGCGAAGCGGGUACUCAAAUCGCAGACCGACCUCGACGAUUCGGAGAAAGAGUACAUCCUCGACUAUUACAGCUUGGUACGCGAGGGCAAGACCAACUACAUCUCGACGACGGCAUUCCACGACGUCACGGGCCAGCACCCGACCGAACCGGACGAGUUCUUCCGCAACUAUGCCGGUGAGCUACGCCCGAAGAAGAAGUUGCGGAGCAGUUAG